AUGCAUCCAAAUCGUCCUAUGUUCGGUUCCCAUUCGGACACAUCCGCUAUUAAUAUGAAACAUUUGGUGACAGAUUUAUUCAGUCAGAUGCGGGACCCUUCGCCGGGGGCCCAAACUCCCAAAGGGUCCACUGGGUCCCUAAAUGUCACCAAAAACGUAGGAUUUCAGCUACAGAAUGGAUCCGAACAUCUUCCUUGGAGCAAUCCCGCUAUAUCUUUACCUGGAAACUGCAAUACUAAUUUGACAAAUGAAUCAGGACUUGUUAGAAGUUUGAGCAACGCGUCAGCAUUAACGUCACUAUGCGCUGAUUUAUCACCUUCUGAUUCACAUUUUUUUGAGGUUUUAUACAUCGGAAAAGUGAGAAUAUCGCAAAGAAAAGUACCUGAAUCUUUGAUAGAUGACGCGUUAAACAAAUUCGCACAGCAUGAGGCUGAGAAGGCAAGAGCUAGUAGACGGCACAGUUUAUUGUCUUCAAGCGGGGUAUCCCAGGAUAGUAAUGAUUCAUCAAAAACUUCCCCAGAAAAAGCUAUAGAGGAAUUUAGAAGAAACAAUUACAUCAUGCCAAGUACGACACCGUUAGAACCAGACAAAAAUGUCGCUUGGAAAAGUGCUGAGAAUCUACCAAAACAAGAAAGCAACGAAAUUGAUGAAGAAUUUGAUGAAUUCACCAAAGAAAGAGUUGAAAUUGUCAAAAAGAUAGCACAAUUAGAACCGGCUGUGGUUGUAAUAAAUGUGACAAAAAAUAAUUUAGGUACACUUACUGAGGACGAAGAAAAACAGGAAAAUUUAGAUGGAAAUGACACUACCAAGAAAGUACAAAAUACUGAUUCAUCCAAAAACAAUGAUCACGUAAAUAAAUUAAUCGAUCCAUUGUUAAAUAAACCAUUAGGUACUAACAAAAUAGACGAAAAUAACAGGGAAUCGAAACUUAGUUUUGGCGAAAUACCUAGGAAACCGAAUAAAGAGAAAAAGCAAUUACCUGAAAAUAAGCCAUUUUUAAGAGAUAGAUCUGCAUCCAUUGGUGCUUUGAGUUUAAAAACACCUAUCGCUCAUUUGAUUGGCGAACAGAACAGGACUAUGCUAUUUCAGGUUGGCAGAUCAGAAUUACGUUUAAUAAGUCCAGAUAGAAAACAAAUACUUUUACAUCGAGCGUUCAAAGAUGUCGCUAGCUGUGUGCUCGGUAGAAGUAAUAAAGAGCAUUUCGGAUUCGUUUGUAGGGAGACUAAUGAUACUUACGCCUGUUAUGUCUUCAAAUGCGAGAGUGAUUCCGUCGCCAACGAAGUAGUUAGUGCGAUAAAACAAGCAUUCGUAGCUCAUGCGGAGUUGUUAAAGAAAACACGAGAUAAAUCUCCCAACAUGACCUGCGAACAUUGCCCAAUGUUGUGGUAUCAUAGAUUAUGCCACGAUAUUGAAGGUAUGAACGAAAAAAAAACUCACGCGUUUAUACUACGUCGUAUAGAACAGCUGCCUGAUGAAGAACAAGAUAUUAUCAUCACCAAGUAUCAAGGAGGAACUAAUCAUAUGUAUGAGGUGAUAGAACAUAAUGCUUUUCUAAUGAUGUUACUGAGAGCCCACUGUGAAUCAAAACAAAAACGACAUGUACAUGACACAGCUGAAAACAGAUCGGAGUUCCUAAAUCAAUAUCUGGGAGGUAGUACUAUAUUUAUGAAAGCUAAGCGAUCAUUGUCGAGUGGAUUUGAUCAUUUGCUUAAGAGGAGGCAGAGCAAGGAUGAUGGGAAUCUAUUACAAGUCCCUAGAAAGGAUAUUUCUUUAAGUCCUGCCCCAGCCAGUAUAGAAACAGAUCAUCUUGAAUCUACAGACAACCAGAGGAAAUCAAUAUCUCCUGGACAUGAACCUCCUGUACCGAAAGAAAUUCUAACACAAGAAGAAAAUGACAAUAGAGAUGAUUCACAAGCAGUUAAUAGUCCUAUGAUGGAUAUAUUCCUGAAAGUGAGCGACAAUCGUUCAACGGCUACCGGAAAUAACGGAAACGAUUCGACAUGGCGGCAGGCGAUUUAUGAAAAAGUUUUACAACCUAACAUUGAAACAGAAGAUCACAGUCAAUCAAACCAACGGCCAUCACAGGUUAAGAAACGUACAAAAGAAGAAUUAAGACAAUUGUGGAAAAUGGCCAUCGAUCAAACUAUAUUGUUGGUGAGAAUGGAAAAAGAAAACCAGAGAUUGAAAGAGGGUGAAGAAUCAUCGGCUGUUCGUCGAAUAAAGUUGGAAUACACUGAGCUUGAUAUUUGUGAGCCCGGUGUGUCUUUAAUGUGGGAUGAUCUACUAUCAAGAGAUAGAUCUCAUCCGGUCGCUAAGAUUGAUAGACAUAUGUUGACACAGGCUGUGAGACAAGGCGUUCCUCGUAUGUCAAGAGGUGGCGUGUGGUAUAUACUCGCUGAGCAAGCAUGUCUUCGGAUACCUCCACCCGAUGUCAAACAAUUUCCACUUUACAACACCCCGUAUAACACACUAUUAUCUGGUCUAACUAAACAUCAACACGCUAUAUUGAUAGAUCUUGGCAGGACAUUCCCAAAUCAUUCCUACUUUUCAUCAGCCCUAGGCCCUGGUCAACUAUCCUUGUAUAAUAUAUUGAAGGCCUACUCGCUGUUGGACCCACAAAUGGAAGAGGCCGAGGCGUUUGCUCUCCUUCGUCACUUAAUGUUCAGACGUGGGAUAAGAAAACAAUAUUUACCUGAUAUGAGCGCUUUACAAGUACAGUUGUACCAGUUAUCUCGCCUAGUCCGUGACCGUGAGCCAGAACUACACAAACAUUUAGAAGAUCUGGAUAUUUCCCCAGCUUUAUACGCUGCUCCUUGGAUGCUUACUCUAUUCACAAGCCAAUUUCCAUUAGGAUUCGUCGUGAGGGUGUUUGAUCUCAUAUUCUUGGAGUCUUUCGACGUGGUCUUUUCGCUGUCUUUAAGUCUACUCUCAGUACACAAAGACGGUCUACUGUUGUGUGAUAGUUGCGAAGAAGCCGCCGAGUAUUUGAAGCAUAAGUUACCCGACAUGAAUAAAGGAGUGUACGAUAAAGUCAUGAGAAUGGUCGCCAAAUUGGAUAUAAGCCGUCAAUUGACCGAGUACGAAGUUGAAUAUAGUGUUUUGAGAGAAGAAAUGCCUCGACUGGCGCUACUGACUGAACAGAAUAAACAACUAGUGAAGAAUACGGCUAGAAUGAAGGAAGAAAUUGAUUCCGCAAUGAACGCCAUAGAAAACUAUCAGAAGACGCAAACGAACCUAGAAAACCAAAACAAAAUCAUGGAACAACAUCUCACAUUAUUAAGUCGCUACAUAUCCGCACACAAACAGGAUUUACCGCCUGAAAUAAAGAAAAUAGCCCAUAUUUAUAGCAAAAAACUAUCGUUCAGCUCAAAAAUCAUCACAAAAUUCACAUCAAACGAUGACGAAAGUGAUAAAAAGACUUAUAAACAAGGAAUCAGCGCUCCGGACCUAUUCGCGAAAACCACUAGAGAAGAAAUUAUGGACGCAAUGAAAAACGACGAAAGAAAAUCCAUUAAAAAAUCACAAUCAGUACAUUUAUUGGUCCAAAAACAUUACCCGCUGAAGAUAUUAGAAGAAAAAACAGAAAAAACACAAAAAGAUAGCUUGAGAAUCGAAAAUCUUGCCAACGAGACUAUAAGAGAUUUGGGCAAAAAAUCUUCCGGAUACAUAACUAACACUCACGAACAGAUUCAACAAGAAAGACUAUUCGAAAGGCAAUUAAAACACGACUUCGACGAAAAUCUACGUAAAUUAGACGAAAAACUAACACCGAAAUCGUAUAUAGAUGAUAUUAGUAUAUUCCAAAGCAAGAAAUCAAUGUCACUGAAUCUAACGCCUAAAAUUGAGAAAAGUGACAGCGGAUUCGUAACUCCAAUGAGCCCAACUGAUAAUAAAAAUGAUAACAGUUCAUUGACCUCUCACCCGUUAAGCGAUUGCGAUGUUGACAUCAAAUUUGACGGACAAUUGACAAAAUUAAAACAAAUUAGACCUAUAAGGAGUAAUAAUUAA